AUGGGCUCCUCCAGCUUGCCACACCAACGUCCAACCAUUGGCUUCUCCAGCCUCCUUAACUGUGGCACCGGCACCUGGUUCUUCACUCUUCUCCUCCUCGUUUAUGCCCUUUACACUUCUCGCCUCCUUCUCUCCGACAACUUCUCGAGCCAAUGUCGCCAUAUCGCCGCCAUCUCCAACCUCUCCUACUCCGCCAUCAACUCAUCUCAACUCAUCCCCGAUCCAAUCCAACAAAAAAACCACACCCGGGCUAUGCUCCUACAAAAACCGCAACCGCCUCAACACAUAACCAGAGGCACAGAGAUCAACCACGUCGUGUUCUGCAUCGCGGCGUCCGCGGGCCUUUGGGAGCAACGGAAGGAGUAUAUAAAACUUUGGUGGAGACCUAACCAAACGAGGGGAGUUGUGUGGCUCGAAAAGGAUGUCCCGACCAAGUCCAACGAGCACCUUCCUGAAAUUCGUGUCUCCGAGAAUACCUCCGAUUUCAAGUACACUCAUCCGCAUGGAAGGAGGGCUGCCAUAAGGCUAACGAGGGUUAUAUCCGAGACCUUAAGGCUAGGACUCAAGGACGUGCGUUGGUUUGUGAUGGGGGAUGAUGAUACCGUGUUUGUGAUUGACAAUUUGAUACGGAUAUUGAAUAAGUAUGAUCACAAACAGUUUUAUUAUAUUGGGAGCCCGUCUGAAAGUCAUAUACAAGAUAUUUUCUUUUCGUAUGGGAUGGCGUUUGGUGGUGGGGGUUUCGCGAUAAGCUAUCCGUUAGCUAAGGAGAUUGAGAAGAUGCAGGACCGAUGCUUGCAUCGGUACCCUGGUCUUUUCGGAAGCGACGAUAGGAUACAAGCUUGUGUCUCAGAGAUCGGCGUGCCUCUUACCAAAGAACCUGGAUUUCACCAGUGUGACAUGUAUGGAAACAUUGUAGGCUUUUUAGGAGCACAUCCGGUAACUCCAUUAGUGACAAUGCACCACAUCGACUUCAUUGAUCCGAUUUUUCCGAGGAUGACUAGAACUCAAGCGUUACACCACCUAUUUCAAUCGGUUAACCAAGAUUCGGCCAGCGUGUUGCAACAAUCGAUUUGCUAUGACUCGAAGAGGCAGUGGUCUAUCUCCUUGUCAUGGGGAUACGUCAUUCAAGUCGUGAGGGGAAUAAUAUCUCCUCGAGAGUUAGAAAUGCCCAUGAGAACAUUCAUGAAUUGGGUUCCGAGAGGAGACUUCUUAACGUAUUCAUUCAAUUCUAGGCCCAUCACAAAACACCCGUGCCAAAAGCCUUUCUUGUACUACAUGACCUCCUCUAUGUAUCAUCCUUCUCGAAAGCAAGUGGUCGGAGUUUAUAAACUCGACCGAAAAGAUCCACACCCAUUUUGUAAGUGGCGGACUCCAUCACCCGAAAGCAUUCACACCAUCUUGGUCAUGAAAAGACCGGAUCCCCAAAGGUGGGAAAAGUCACCGAGAAGAGAUUGUUGUAGGGUCUUACCAUCGAAUAAGAUGGGGCAAAUAAACAUUUGGGUUGGGAAUUGUCGAGAAGGCGAGGUUAGUGAAUUGUAGCGAUAAGAGAUAGUU